AUGGCAACUCGGGGUGUAGAGGGUUGGCAGUCCCCAAACAACUUCUUCUGUGAGAAGAAACCCAAAGCAAGCUACAAAACCUACAAAGGAAAGAUACCCCCAGCGGUGCCCGAGGGGGUUAAGCACCCCAAUAGGACGGACCUGAGAACAACGAUACAGGACAACAGAACAACAACAGUACAGUGCAUCUGCGGCAAGAGCUACAAGAAUGAGAGGGGAAUCCUUCAAAGCAGGAUGAGAUGCCUGAAAGCAGAAGAGACAGACGACGACACAUCAUGCAGAAGUUACAACUUUUGGCUCUGGAAGGCUCUGAUAAUCAUCUGGAGAAGAGGGAAGAUAGGCCAGCCAUGGAGGUAUCAGGAGGAAGUGUACAUCCCAAAAGAGGAGAAGUCUGAGAAUAUCAACCAGUUUCGGGUCAUCUCCUUGCUCAUCAGGGAGGAGUUCCUUGUGGCACGAACAUGGGAACUUCUGCAGUAUUCUGGAUCCAGAGAUUCGAAAAUAUCCGGGGCAGGGAUUGUCGCCAGGACAGGGAGAAAGUGGAGAGCAGCAGAGGCAGUCGAACAAACGGAAACCCAGCUAAAGCACAAGGCCAACCUGGAGGCAGUAGCACAAGGAAGAGCUGGACUUAAGAGCCUAGCAGCAACCUGGUACGACUUGGCCAGCAGGAGGGAGAGGCAGAGUCUGGUGCAGAAGGAGGUGUUUGCUUCAGUUGAGGAGGAGAGAACCAGCAGAGCAGUGGCCAUGCGGCAGCAAGGUGCUUGGAUGAAGUGGGAGCAGACGAUGGAGUGGAAUGUCACAUGGAAGGACAUCUGGACAUGGAACCCCCUGAGAAUUAGGUUCUUGAUCCAAGGGGUCUACGACAUUCUUCCCAGCCCAUCGAACCUGUACAUAGGGGACAGAGUAGAGACACCUGCAUAUCCGCUGUGUUUCAAGCCAAGGACACUAGAGCAUAUCUUGAGCAGCUGCUCCAAGGCACUAGGUGAAGAUCGGUAUCUAUGGAGACACAAUCAGGUCUUAAAUCUAAAGCUGAGGCAAUCAGCAAGGGGAUCAAGGACAGCUGAUACCGCCAAGCCACACCCAGGGUCAUUCAGUUCAUCAAGGAAGGACAAAGGCCAGAAAGAACAGCAAAGAGCUGUACUGCUGGGUUGCUCUCCACGGCCUGAGACUGGGUGAUGUCAGUUAAGGAUUCCACCACACAUCACCCCGUCUACAUUGAGACCUGACAUAAUCUUAGUCUCUGUGGCCACAAGGCAAUUAUUCCUGCUGGAGCUAACUGUGCCCUGGGAGGAGAGGAUGAUGAAGGCUCAGGAGGGGAAGAAGGGAAAACACCAAGAGUGGAGCAGUGUCAGACAAAUGGAUGGAGAACCAGGUGCAUGCCAGUGAAAGUGGGCAGUAGGGGAUUUGCGAGCUGCACCCUGAGCAAGGCCUAUGAUACACUUAAAUAAUAUAAUAACAAUAGAAUAG